UUACGUCACGAGGUCAUGUUUUGGUUUUCUUCAAUAUGGCGGCCCGCAAUAAGGCGACCUUGUAAUUUGGGAAGUAAUCUUCAGACUUCGCAUUUUGAGGUGUGUUAUUGCUGCGUUGACCGCAAUAUCUUUGUCGCCUUUCACGAUAUUGAGACGUUAAUAAAAAUGGCUUCUGCCUUUGAGGUGGGUGAAAAAUUCCUUGAUGGUAUUGCACAUCUUAUUAAACAAGAAGAAUCAUUCCCAGAGGAGCUCAAGUUGGAACUAGAGCCUUACCUGAGUAAAAGAAGAAGGGCAACAGUGUCUUUCCAUACAUUAAGGAAACUUCAACGAUUUCUGGAAGAAAGAGGUUUUCCCAUCCAUCUGCAUGAGUUGCUUGAUGACAGUGAAAUUUACCUUCCAGAAGUUCGAAAACCUUCAAGAAACCCGGAACUUGUAGCCCGGUUGGAGAAAAUCAAAGCUAAGUUAGCCAAUGAGGAAUACAAACGAAUCACAAAAAAUGUCAACUGUCAGGAAUUAAAUCAGUAUGGAACCCUGUCUGAUUUAGGAAAACAAGUGAAAUCAGUUAAAGCGAUGGUGAUCACCAUCUUUAACUUCCUUGUCACAGUUGUAGCAGCGUUUGCCUGCACAUAUUUGGGCAGUCAGUACAUCUUCACAGAAACUACGGCAAGGGUGCUUUGUGCUGUCAUUGCUGCAUCAGUGGUGGGCUUGGCUGAAUUGUAUGUGCUUGUACGAACAAUGGAAGGAGAAAUGGGUGAGCUAUAGCCGGGAAGUCUUUCAGGACCUCAUUGCAUUGCGACAUCUCUUGUCAUUACAAGUUCUGCUUUAUUAGGAGUAAUACAGCAAAAUCUUGCUUGGAAAAGGGACAUGUUCAUUUAAAAAAAUCUUGCUGUAUUUGUUUUUUUCAAUUUGUGGUAAUAUGGGUAAUUUUAAAACAAUUUUCAAAUUCUUUUGUUGAGUUCAUUUUUUUUUUUUUUUGUUUAGGCAGUGAAAUACCAAGUGUGGCUAUUACAUAUUGUAAUAAAGCAACAAUUAAAUGUAUUUAUAAUAAUAUUUAUUUUGUUUACAGUGCUUAACUUUAAUAUUAUAGUUCCUGAGGUUUUUUUAAAAAGAUUUCAUUCAAAAGAUUGAGAAUUACGUUUGUCCUGAUACAGGGCUGCUGAUCACUCAUUUCUGUUAACUCUGUGCAGGUCAUUUAAUUUCCAAUACUCCGAGAUGCUACAAAAUUAUGAUUGGCAACCAUUAGUCUGCUUAAAGCUGUAUUUACCAGGACUGAAAACUACUACUAAUCUUUUGUAAAUUGUGUUAUUGUUGUCAUUCUCAAUUUAAUGGUAUUUUAUGUAUCAUUAGAUUACUGCAGAAGCCAGAUGUGACUUUAAUUUGCUUACCAUGCUACAAUAUUCACAAGUGAGGGGAUUAUAUUUUGGUUACUUUUGAGAGUCUUUUACAAUUUACUCAAUGUUCAAUCAAGGGCUUAUCCUCACUUAAGAACAUCUGCCCAGUGUCAUGGAUUUAAAUUAUUUAUUUUUGUUUCAAAUCUUUGAAUGUUUUUCCCAAGACAUUGCUUUCCUCUUAAGGUGGUAUUUUAGUGACCUUGACACAUUUUGUCAACUAGAAAUAUACCAAUAUACAUAUUAGUAUUAUUACCUUGUUUACCCAAAUAACUUUAAUUGUGUCUGAAUGUGUUGCUAUUGGGACUGUAAAUUCAUAAAUUGUACUAUGUAUGAUUUAGUUUUUCCCAAUUUAAUUACGAGUAUUUCCAGAUUUGUACAGUUGUGAAAUCCCCUUAUGUUACUAACUGAAAGAAAAAUGCCUAUCUUUACAUGUGCAUAUACAGUAUACUGUAUAUUCUUUUUUUGUUUUGUUAUCUCUAAAAUCAAUAAAACCACCUACUGAAAACCA